GUAAUUUUGGUUUGGGUUUGGGUUUUUUGGGUAAUUUUGGUUUGGGUUUGAUGGGUUUUGGGUUUGGGUUUGUAAAAUUCAUUUUGAUGAACUUCACCCCUCUAACUUUUAAUUUCUUCAAUUGAGUCCCUUCUUUCUUCUUCUUGAAUUUUCCAAUUUCUUUUUGCAUGUAUUGGAGUAUCUACCCCGAAAACUAACCUCAGUGCUUUGCAAGUUAAUCGAAGAGAAGAUUUGGUCGAAGGAUGAUCUUGGAGUUCUUUGCAACUACACGAACAUGUUUGGGUGGAUUAGGUGGAGUUGGUAGCAGAGAAGGAAUGGGAAAUAAGGAGGUAAGACCAUUGGCAGCAAAGAAAGAGCCUGAGAUGGAGACACAGAGCAAUAAGAAAGAACUACUUUCCUUCACCGGCAGAGACUUCCAAGGUGGGUGAUUCAUAGAUCAAUUAGAUUGUCACGCAACACAUAUGUUUCCAUGGUGGUGAUUGAAUAAUGAUAAAUGAACAAAUUUGAG